GUUCUUCUCGGCCCGUCCCGUGCCGGGCCCGAAGAACGGCGGUCGGCUCCAGUCAUGUCCUGGGUGGACUUUUGGCCGGGAAGGUAUGAACUCUCCAAAAAAUUGGCGAGUUUAGAGCAAGAUGAGAUUGGCCCUCAGGUACGAUGUUGCCCAUUUCCGCUGGCAACACCUGCAAUGGACUCUGUUUUGCAGGACCCCCAGCUUCUGAUGAUCUUAGUCGCUGCAGCCGGCCUUCCUACUGCGCGCGCCUGCCGCGCUGCGCGAAAAGCUUUAGGGAAGGAGCUGAGAUCUUCAAUGCCUGUACUUUACGCCAGUGCGAUGCCUUCCAUCUACGUCUUUGGCGGUGCUUGCAGGAACUUAGGCGUGCUGAGCAACGUCAUGCGCCUGGAUGCCGGCGGCCAGCAGUGGCAACAGGUGCCCGCCAUGCCGUCGGCGCGGCGGCUCUGUAGCGCAACGGCGUGUAACGGUUGUCUCUAUGUUUUCGGAGGCGAGGCAGUGAGCCUCAUUCCGGGGGCGGGUUUCAUUCCCAACUCCUUGAACAACUUGGAUGGGAUGCUGAGAGACUAUAUGCAGCUGGAUAAUGCUGAGCGCUUCGACCCUUUGCAUGGAACUUGGGAGGUGCUUCCAUCGAUGCCAACGUCGAGGGCCGGGUGUGCAGCCACCACAGCAGACGGGUUGAUCUACGUCUCUGGAGGACGACUAGGAGAGACUGUGCUGAAUGUUUUCGAGCGUUUCGACCCUGGCAUCGAACGUUGGGAAGUCCUUCCAAGGGUGCCCACGUCUCGCAGUGGCUGUUCCAGCGCCACUGUGAAGGGACGAGUCUAUGUCUUGGGCGGAAAAUGUACCAACGGGCGUGUGCAAGGCGUCUCAGAGCGCUUCCAUCCCAGUUUCGGCCGAUGGGAAAAGCUGCAGCCAAUGAUAUCCCCCCGCUCAGCUUUUUCUGCAGGUGUCAUUGCAGACGUGAUCUACGCCGCAGGAGGUUUCAACGGUGCCAUUGGCCUUGCGAGCGUAGAGCGCUUCGACCCUAUCUCUGGAGUUUGGUCGGAGACCGUGGCCAUGAACACGCCGCGCGUGGGGGGUGCAGCAGCCGUCACGGGAGGCUGCCUCUACGUGUUUGGUGGCAAAUCCACUGAGGACCUUGCCCUGGCCGGAGAAUCCUUUGAUCCUUUGAGACAAGUUUGGGUGAAGAUGCCAGCCAUGGAUGAACGACAAGUUUAUUGUGCUGGGGCGGCAGCUGUUUGUGCUUGCUCGCCUUUCUCAAGUGACUGCAUGGAGCUUUACAAAGAAAGCUUUUGCCGAGACAAGCGGCUUUGAAUCAGAGGGGCUGCGGCUUGCCCAAAGCAACAAAAACAGAUACUCGGCCCAAACAUAUGGCAUAGGGCAUCUCUUCCGCCCCUGAGCUUCCGAAGAAGGAGCAGGAGCCUCUCUGCUUGUUUCGCCAAUUGAACUUCCGCAUGGGGAUCAGUGUGGUUUGAAACGGGUGACCCUUGACAGACGGCCUGAGUCAUGAAGUCAC